AGUUGAGAUUAACCUGAUUUCCUCCUUCAUACCUCUGUCGCUAGCCCCAAUUCCAAAUUUCAGCCUCUCCACUCUCGCCGUACCCCGUAGGUCCGCCGCUUGCCGCCGCCGCCGCCGCCGCCCAUACCAUUAUCCACUCUGAGGUUGUUAACAUCUAUAGCCUCUCCUUCAUGAAUCGCAUUGUUAGGCUGGUGUACUCCACAGCAGUUGUUACUUGCCACAAAACCUUGCGUGGAUUUGCAGUGUUACAGACAGAAAAUGCACAGACACCCAUGAAAGUUCAACAUUUGUGCAGGAGGAAUCCAGUGAACAUACAAUCCCGGAAUUUCUCUUCGUCAUUCUAUAAAGGAGAUGAAAAAUCAAUAGAAGAGGAAGCAGAAAGAAAAAUUGGUUGGCUAUUGAAGCUAAUUUUUGCUGGGACUGCAACUGUAAUUGCAUACAACCUCCUUCCGUACAUGGGAGAAAAUUUGGUGCAGCAGUCUGUAUCACUUUUAAAUGUGAAGGAUCCUUUGUUCAAAAGGAUGGGAGCAUCCAGACUAGCACGUAUUGCUAUAGAUGAUAAAAGGAGAAUGAAAAUAGUUGAACUGGGAGGAGCUAAGGAGCUUAUAAAAAUGUUAGCAGCUGCUAAAGACGACCGCACUCGAAAAGCAGCCCUGAAAGCUCUUGUUGCCAUCUCAAAAUCAGAUGAAGCUGUUGGUGCUUUACAUGAAGCUGGAGCUAUCCCUGUCAUCAGGUCCACCCCUGAUUCUACAGAGUAUCAUGAAAUUGAGCAGUACAAGUUGAACUUGCUGAGUAGGUUUCGGGAUUUGAGAUAUGAUGUUUCAUCUUGAGAGAUUGAUGAUAAAAGGUUUCAAUCAUCCAGCUCAGAAAUUUGCAAUGUAUACUAGCAAGUACUUGGGUCUAUGAUUCUCUGCAAUAAAAUGAAUUUCUUCAUGUUUUCUUGGACACCAAGUGCAACAGAAAAACAUAAUUUAUGAACUGUUGCGCAAAUCAAGUGUGUUUCUUCGUGUCUGUGGCUUUGCAUGGUUGUUCUUCCUACGUGCAUUGCUCCGAUGAUUUUAA